GUUGACUCAGUUGUCGUUGCACCGUCGUAGAAAAAUGUUAACGAAAUAUAUUCCUGUGUUUAUUUUGUUAUUGUCUAUCACUGAAGUGCUAGCGCAAUUUUACAAAAUUGUGGGAGGAUACCCGGCUACAAUAGACCAGUACCCCGUUAUGGGUCAGAUGCUGAAGCAGCAGGAAGUGCGAGGUCGCCAACAAUAUGUCCAACACUGCGCAGGAGUCAUUGUGACAUUACGCCAUUUGAUAUCUACUGCGCACUGCUUUCAAUACGACCCAAGCUCGGAAAGAAACUACGCACUACCAAAGUACUGGAAAGUUAGAGUUGGUUCCUCCUUUCGUACCGGCGGCGGAAGCUUAUACAACCUGAAGACUAUCAUACCACAUGAGGGUUUCAACAGGAGCUAUUAUUUCAACGAUAUAGCUGUGGUGGUUGUGGAUAAACCAAUAAGAACCAGCGUGAAUGUUAAACAGAGCAAAAUAAUACAAAAAGGUUUAGAAGUCAAACCUUUCUCUGGGUGUGUCGUAGCAGGAUGGGGUGCAAAAGAGUUCAAUGGAGCACAACCAGAUCAACUUCACUACACUUUUGUUUUCGUAGUAAACAGAAACACUUGCGAAGAAAGGUACAGAACCAAGCAGGCGGUUAUCGAUAAAGGAAUGCUGUGUGCUGGUUUGAUUGAUGUUGGGGGGCUCGACGCUUGCGUAGGCGAUUCCGGAGGACCAUUGAUUCAUAAAGGAGUCGUCAUUGGGCUGGUGUCAUUCGGUUAUUCGUGUGGGCAUACUUAUUACCCCGGAGUUUACACAAACCUUGCACACUAUACGGAUUGGAUAAAUAAAACUACGCUUGCUUUUAAAUAAAAUACAUACUUUCAAAUUAUGUACCCCUUUUUGUUGUUUUAUUUUUAAAUUUCAUACGCUAUAGUAUACUGUCAGCAACAUA